CGAAAACGAGACGAGGCCUCGUUCUUCUCGUCUGCUCCCAGACCUUUUGCAACCACCUGUUAACCGCACAUUCGACCUUGUCGUUGCUUCAUACUCUUUUGCGAAACAUCUUUGUUCAACUUUUAUACCAUGCCAUCCAGUUUAUCCUGGCCCAUUUGCUCAAGUUGCACGCCUUUUUGACCAUUUCUCCCUCCAGCCCACUGUCACCCCCCAGACACCACGGCUAACCCGACCUUGUUCACGGCGCCACUACCUUUCCUACACCCUACAGAGCUUCCCCCCUCAAACCAUCAUCCUUGCGGGGAACUCCUACCAUGAGUCCUCGACGCUCCUCUCGUGCCCGCUCCUCCCAGCAGCCUCCCUCCGGCCCAAACCACACCUCCUCUACCAGCUCCAACAGUGGAAAAUUAGAUCGUGACAUACGAUCACACAACCGAACAAAUUCUCCUCGACCACCUUCCACUCAGCGGUCUGAGUCUGUUGACGGUGUAGACUCGUCCUCUCGUAGCGAUCAAAUCGCUCCACGUCGCAGUCGACGCAACGGCGAAGACAAGGAAGCCGUGCUCAACAACCCACUCGGUGAUGAUGACAUCGACGUUGAUCCAACUGAAGAGGAGGUCACUCGCUGCAUAUGUGAACAAUCUGAAUACCCAGGCCCCUCAGCCACCAUCCGCCAGAACGCACCAAACGCAGAAUCCUUGACCGAAGAAACUGGCAAUUUCUUUGUUCAAUGCGACUCCUGCAGUGUCUGGCAACAUGGUGGUUGCAUGGGUUUGCUCGAUGAGUCCAUGCUACCAGAAGAGUAUUAUUGCGAGCUCUGCAAACCCCGUUUCCACAAGAUUACAAAGAACGUCAAUGGGCUUAAAUCCUCCCGCUACCUCCCAGUUCUCGAACCCUCAUCUCAACGAUCUUCUCCUUCAAACUCGAACACAGAACAAUCCCGAAAAAGGGAAACCAAGAAAGCCACCCUUGAAAGUACCAAGCGGAGGGCUACUAUGAACAGCCGGAGCACAUUCGAAGAAGCUGAGGCUGUUCGAAGAUCAAUCGAGGAUACUAAAGAAGUUGGAACACUUGGAAAACGCACACGGGAUGAGUCAGAAGAUCUCAAACAAAAUGCGAAGCGACCUCGCACCGGGUCGAACUCCUCGUCAGCGCCUUCAAAACGUAGCGAGUCUCCAGAGGCUGAGCAAGAUGAUUCGAAUAGCAAGUCUGGUCUCACAAACCGAAACACAAACCAAAGCUCGCGAAGAGGAAUCCCAAAUCGAAACAACAAAGACAAAGAGAUCCGAGACAAGCAGAAGGAGCAGCAGGCAGCCCAACGAGCAGAAGCGGCUAGUAAACGAAAUGCUCGGUCCGAGCGUAGAAGAGGAGAAGAUUCACCCCCUCCUUCACCAAGCGUAUCACCCUCCAAAGCUGCUCAAAUAAACGGCAAAGCCAAAGCAGACUCGCCUUCUUCGGGAAAAGCAAGCAGUACUCGCAAGACCGGUCGACCACCCGCGCGAAGAGGAAGACUUGUUAGAAAUCAAUAUACCCGAGAUCAAACCAAUGGAGACAAUGGCACGCCAUUGAGAGAUAUUGCAUACGAUUUGAACGGCAACGGGACCUCACCGAAUGGUAUCAAUGGAGAAAGCGGGCGCAGCUCCAAGGCCAAGACACAUCCAGCCAGAACAAGCCUCAACGAGAUGAAACGACGAGUGGCCGCCAUCUUGGAAUUUGUCGGCCACAUGCAAACAGAAAAGGCGUCGCAGUCAAACCAAGAUUGUGGAAGCGGCAGCUCCAAGGGAGCCAACACUCCCAAUGGAAUCAAGAGCAAUGUACAUUUACCGACAGCGAGUUUGGUCAAAGCUGUAGAAGCCGGAUUGAAAGACUCGAAAGCCAGUGAAGAGGAUGGCUCUGUGCACCUGGUUGAAGACAAGGACUUUGGACAAAAGGGAAGUGUGGAAAUGAUGGAGACACUAACACGAGAAUUGGUGUCAUGGCAAUCCGUCUAUGGAACAUAUUCCAGAUGAUGCGAAUGGGUACUCAUGGGAUGACAUGGCAUAAUGGCGCACUGCCCUCGGGAUUGAUUUUUAUCGCAAGGAAUGGCUAUUAGCCAUGGAAUAAUGAUGGACGAAAUUUUGUAAUUUAUGGCGGUAUAUGAUGGGCAGAGAGAAAUAUGAUAUCAUUUCUGAUGAAA